CGAGCGGAAUGGUCGAGGCGAGCCGAGCGCCCAAAUGAGUUACAAAGCAGCGCCACACAUCGACGGUCGACUGUGCCCGCUCACUUUGUGCUCACUUUGCUCGGCGGCUGAGUGGCUCGUGGUUGGGUCGGAAAUCGCCUUGUCGUGUGUGUAUCCCCCUGCGGAAUCGAAUUUGGAGGCAAAUACAUAUUUAGACUCGUUUAUGAUUGCCCAGUUCUAUAUUCAAGUGCGUGGAGGAAUAUAAACAUAACGCGGGUUAUUUGGCAAUAUACACGCGACUAAUUACGAAAUCGAUAAGUCAGCGCCUUGGGAAAACUCACCACACCCACUCAAAAGCCAGAAUCUCUAGCUCUCUCCGGGCUUGAGUUUUCCAUUUCCCAUUGCCCAUUUUCCACUUCCAGCAGUGCGUAUAUAGAGUGCAUUUCGAAAUAGUUCUAAUGUGGAGCAUUGAGCUUCAAGUGAAUAUUUUGUUCAACUGAAUUGAAUCACUGUUCGCCAAGUGCUCAGCUUUGUGUUUUGUUUCGUGCGUUACUUAAUUAUCAAUUGUUUGCGCCUUAUCGCUGGAACAAAGCAUACUAUAUACUAUAUAAUGGAUACAGUCACUCUAUGUGACUCUACAAUGGAUAUUUCCGCAUGGAUCGACAGAGAUUCUCGUUUGCCAAAGAUUGAAAUUUUCCUCAGGCUUGAUUUCUAAAUACAUUUUAACCACGGAAAUUGACUAGAAAUUGCCAGCUAGCAAUCAUCACCAGACAACGGCCAUCAAGGAAACUCCACACACGACAGAAACAGAAACAGAAAAAAAGUGUUUUGUGCGCCUCUGCCCCAAAAAAAAAAUAAAAUAAAAGUAUUCCAAGCAAAACUCAGUAGGCCAGAACUUAAAUGCUCUAACCAAAGACAGCGCGAUCCCGACGAACGACAAAGAACGAGGACGACUGAAUCAAAGCAACCACGGUGUGGUCAUUUCUGUACCGGUGUGCCGCUGCAGCUCCUGGUGCCGGCAUGGGUGCCAAUGUGUCGCAGCUGGAGCGGGAGAUUGGCUCCGAUCUGUUCCCACCGAAUGAGCACUACUUUGGGCUGGUGAACUUUGGGAACACCUGCUACAGCAACUCGGUGCUGCAGGCCCUCUACUUUUGCAAGCCAUUUCGCGAGAAGGUACUCGAGUACAAGGCCAAGAACAAGAGGCCCAAGGAGACGCUGCUGUCCUGUCUGGCGGAUCUGUUCUAUAGCAUUGCCACGCAGAAGAAGAAGGUGGGCUCCAUUGCGCCCAAGAAGUUCAUCACCAGGCUGCGGAAGGAGAAGGAGGAGUUCGAUAACUAUAUGCAGCAGGAUGCGCACGAGUUUCUCAAUUUUCUGAUCAAUCACAUCAAUGAGAUCAUACUGGCCGAACGGAAUGCAGGACCCAGCAAUGGGAAUCCAAAGUCCUCAAGUCAAGGCGGCAGCACUAGUGCCAUGGCCAGCAGCAUAGCUAGCAAGUCCAGCUCAACGUCCAACUCGAACUCCAACUCCAAUUCGACGACAAACUCAAAUGGGAACAGUAGCAACUCGACGGGAUCAUUGAAUGCCAACACAAGUGUGCUGGAUGCCAGUGGCAGUUUGACGGCCACCACAACGCCCAUAAUCUCAGGAAACGGGACUGGAACCAAUGGGGCCAACUCGGAGCCCACAUGGGUGCACGAGAUCUUUCAGGGCAUACUCACCUCGGAGACGCGGUGCCUCAACUGCGAGACGGUGAGCAGCAAGGAUGAGAAUUUCUUUGACCUCCAGGUGGAUGUGGACCAGAACACCUCGAUUACGCACUGCCUGCGGUGCUUCAGCAACACGGAAACGCUGUGCUCGGACAACAAGUUCAAGUGCGACAAUUGCUGCAGUUACCAGGAGGCGCAGAAGCGGAUGCGUGUGAAGAAGUUGCCCAUGAUCCUGGCCCUGCAUCUCAAGCGCUUCAAGUACAUGGAGCAGUUCAACAGGCACAUCAAGGUCUCGCAUCGCGUUGUGUUCCCACUGGAACUGAGGCUCUUUAACACCUCCGAUGAUGCAGUGAAUCCUGAUCGACUCUACGAUCUGACCGCUGUGGUCAUCCACUGCGGUUCCGGACCGAAUCGUGGCCAUUAUAUAUCCAUUGUGAAGAGCCACGGACUGUGGCUGCUAUUCGACGAUGAUAUGGUGGACAAAAUCGAGGCUUCCACCAUCGAGGACUUCUACGGUUUGACCUCGGACAUACACAAGUCCUCGGAGACGGGCUACAUACUGUUCUAUCAGUCGCGGGACUGCGCCUAAUCCUACAACGCUAUCGCCCAUUAGAAGUUAAGUUGAAAGUUUCCAAUCUCCUGUGCAGCAAUGCCCAAAAUUGUAUGUCUUUUACUAUCUAACCACACACAGCUAUCAAUAAAGAUGAUCAAUAAAUCAGCAA